AUGUCAACCUCAGGAACAGAAAAAAAUAAUAACAAGAAUAAUAAAAUUGAAUCACCAGCAAUAAAUAUGAAAGGAAUCUUUAAAGAAGAAGAAUUCUUAAAAUUAGAUGAUAAACAAAAAAUAAAUAAAUUGGUAAAGGCAGCAAAUAUAUUUAAACAAAGAAUAACAGAAUUGGAACAACAUGUUAAAGAAGAAAAAGAUAAAAGACUUACAAGUGAAACUAUGGAAAAACAGUUUGCAACAAUAAUUACAAAUAAUUAUAAAAGGAUUAAGAAUUUCUUUAGAGAGCCAAUUAAAAAAAAUACAAAAAUAGGUAAUAAAUUAUCAAAAGAAAUAGAAAGAUUAAUUAUCACAAUAGGAAAAAUAGAAAAAGAUAAAAUAAUAACAGAAAAUUUGUACCAUAAACAAAGGAAUUUAUACAACAACUCAGAAAAAAAGAUUAAAAAAUUAGAAGAACAAAUAGAGAAAAUUGAAAAGAAGCAUAACGGAGCUAAGGAGUACAUACAAGAACAAAGAAGAAAAUUACAAGAACUACAUGAAGAAAACAAAGAAUUAAUAGAAAAGGUAGAAGAAUUAUUAGAAUUCAAAGAAGGAAUUGAUAAAAUAAUACUUAACUUGGAAAUUGAUAAACAAAUAGAUAAAAUUUGGAGAGAUAGAUUUGAAGAACAUCAAAAAUUAGUACAAACUGAAGAACAACUUGAGGAAGAAAUUAACAGGAAAGAACAGGUACAAAAAGACUAA